UACGUCACACACGUUACAUACGUAAGGAAGAAUGUAGGUGUAGAUUAGGUUAAACACUUAGUUGGUCAAGAACACGUGAUUUUGACAAUUUUUCUUUACAUCAGUUUUAAUUAUUUAAAAUAUAAUGGAAUAUAUUAGUCCUGCAGAAAGUUCCAGUGCUAACGUGUUAUGCUGCAGCUGUGGAGAUGUCAUCGAACCAAAUCCCGCAUACAUGUGUGCGGCCUGUCUUCGAUCCCGAGUUGAUAUUACUGCAGACAUUCCUAAACAGGCCACGUUGUACUUUUGUCGAGGAUGUGAGAGGUAUUUAAAGCCGCCCAAUGAGUGGGUGGCCUGUGCCCUGGAGUCACGCGAGAUGUUGUCAUUGUGCCUGGGGAGAGUAAAGGGCUUGAACCGUGUGAAGCUAGUGGACGCAGGGUUCGUGUGGACUGAGCCGCACUCACGCCGCGUCAAGGUGAAACUGACAGUGCAAGGCGAGGUGAUUGGAGCCACAAUCCUGCAGCAGGUGUUUGUCGUUGAGUUCACGAUCAAUCAUCAGAUGUGUAGUGACUGUCACCGCAGUGAGGCUCAGGACUUUUGGAGGUGUUUGGUUCAAGUUCGUCAGAAAGCGAAUUCCAAAAAAACGUUUUAUUAUUUGGAGCAGUUGAUUCUAAAACAUAAAGCUCAUGAGAACACCCUGGGAAUUAAACCAGUUCAUGAUGGUUUAGACUUUUUCUUUGCAACUGAGCAACAUGCAAGAAAAAUGGUUUCUUUUCUGACAGCUGUGCUACCUUGCCGUACUGAAACUAGCAAGAAACUUCAGUCUCAUGAUAUGCAUAGCAACAUAUACAGCUACAAGUUCACUUACAGUGUGGAGAUUGUGCCUGUGACUCGAGACAGCCUAGUUUGUCUCAGCAGAAGUCUGUGUAAUCAGCUUGGUGGCAUCAGUCCCCUGUGUCUGAUAUACAAGUACACGGCCCACAUACAUCUCAUCGACCCGUCUACUGGUCAGAUUGCAGAGAUUGACAACACCAGCUACUGGAGAAACCCAUUUAACAAUAUUUGUGAUUCUCGUCGACUUGUUGAGUAUGUUGUCAUGGACAUCGAGGUCAUCAGGGACAAAGACAAGAAAUAUUUUCCUGGAAUGGGUGCUACUUCUCACAAGCAUGCAUUAGCUGAUGUGUGGGUUAUCAAAGCAUCUGAAAUAGGCUCUGAUAACACAAUAUUCACUCGCACUCAUCUUGGCCAUGUCUUGAAACCUGGUGACUCCGUUCUGGGGUAUGCUGUAGGAGAAUCAAACAUAAAUGAUGCAAAUUUCAACAAGCUCAAUACUGAUGGAGUUGCGGACGUGAUACUUGUGAAGAAAAUGUACACUGACCGUGCUGCUCGUAAGAAGAGGCGCAAGUGGCAGCUCAAACACUUGCCCCUGGAAGAAGACGCACAUCCAUACACUGAAGAAAAGGACUAUGAGGAAUUCCUGGCGGAGCUGGAAGAGGAGCCUGCAACCCGGCAGCAGAUCAACAUCUACAAGGACCCAUUGAAGUUCAAGCAGCCACCAAUAGCAGUGGAUGCUGAUGACCAGGCAGACCCUUCAGUGCCUGACAUCACGCUGGAGGAGAUGCUGGAUGAUUUGACUAUUGACGAUGCCGAUAUGGCAGAGGUGUAUGAAUAAAUAUAGAAGGGGAAAUGUG